AUGUUAAAUCACCAAGGUGUCCUUCGUGGCAGAUGGCAGCUCAGCCUUGGCUCGUACCGUUCGACUCUGGGCAACAUUGGGGGUAUGCAGAUCCCUGAACGUCCCAUGUAUACAUUAACCAUGAACGAGAACGUUUUCAUUGUGCUGGAAGAUCCUGCCGCCCCGACCAGGGCUGAAAUCGCUCUACCAAUGCCGGACGUUCCUCUUGGCAGUCAACCGCAGGCGCCGCCUGCGCCUUCGCACUACAGGAACACGUUGGUGACUGUAAGCCCCCCGGGUGCCCUUGAACAGCUGCUGUCACAACUCCGCGCACGUUGGGUUUCCGUACGACAGCCAAACACUUCCAAUAGUGGCCAGAAAGGUCAAGGAGCCGUCGUCCAGCAACUUACUGUCGAUGGCCUCAUAUUUUCCAUUGGCAAUGACUGGCUUGUUCGCUUCGGACACGUUAUCCUCGCUGGUGGUGCGGUACGGGGGAUGCUAAUUGAGGCGGAGUAUCUUCCAUUGCCCGUACUUCAUACAGAAACGGUAGAUGGUUCUUCUGAGCUUUUGUCAAAUCUCUUGGCCUCCAUGCUCCCGAUGAUUCCAGACGCAAAGAUUGUAGGCGUCACUGUCUCUGACGCGGUCUGGGAAGAGGUUCUCGGAGAUAUAGACGAUGGGUUGGAGCAGGUUAAAGAGGUAUCAGCAGGCCAAGGUUCGGAUGAGGAUGAUGUUUUUGUAUCUCCGGAUGAUCUGCCGUCUUCGCAGAACGAGGACUGGGUUUUCUUUGGGCGCUCCAUGAAUGAGGACCGUCUUAUCAGAAGCGCAAAUUAUGUCCGGACUGAAUUGCCGGUACGCAUCGCGCAUAGACUGCGGGAUAUGCAAGCCCUUCCUUAUGUAGUGGUCAACCAAGAAGGUGUAGCUGCAGUUUACGAGGCAUAUUGGGCGGCAUUUGACAAAUUCAGGCGGUAUCCUCCGAUCAGCACACUUGAGGAGAAUGAUGCAUUCUGCGGAUUCGUUCGCUCUCUGCUAGAUGAACAUAAGGCAGUCAUUCCGAACUUGUCGCUCGGUCUCUCCUUGUCUUCUCCCUACCUUGACCCUGACCGCCUAGAUCCAUUUAUGCACCGAAUGCUUGUCUCACGAAUAUCACGACGAGUUCUUGCCGAGCACCACAUAGCGCUGUCGAAGCAUCUCGCGGCCAAACGAAAAGGGCACACAGUCCCUGACGAUCGUGUUGGUGUCAUUCACCUGGGGCUUUGUGUCAAGGAUAGCAUAGAAAAAUGUGCCAGAUUUCUUCGCAGGCGGCCAUUCGAUGUGGACCAAGACUGCGUUCAGGAUGUUGUUCAGGAUGUUGCAUGGUCAGACGUUAUUAUAGAUGGCCAUAUGGACACGAAGUUCUCCUAUAUACAAGCACAUCUUGAGUACAUUGUCUUUGAGUUACUGAAGAAUUCGUUCCGCGCCACUCGACUACGACAUCCGAAAAAUCGCCAGCUGCCCCCUAUUCGCGCUACUAUUGUUGCAGGUGAUAAUGAUGUGACCAUCCGCAUUUCGGACCAAGGCGGAGGACUCCUUACACCUGGGAUCAAGCACCCUUCUGACCUGUUCUCGUUCUCGCAUGUUCGAAAUCCUGCCCGUUUGGACGUGUCUCGCCUAGGGGCCCUCCGGAUAGUCAGCUCGAGUGGCCGUGGCAUGACCGCUACGGUCGACGAACAGCUGGAUGUUAUGCGAAAUAGCACGGAAGUUGAAGAUCCCCAACAAAAUGCAGGCGUGAGCCCACAUCCCAGGAUCGGAAUUGGGCUCCCAAUGAGCAAUAUUUUUGCGACAUAUUUUGGUGGCUCGCUAGAGCUUGUCAGUCUAGAUGGUUACGGGACUGAUGUAUAUCUCAGGCUGCCCAAAUUGGGUACUAGCCUAGAAGGAAUCGAGUUAUAA